AUGCAGAAGGAGCCUCUCCUCACGUCUGACCCGCCGGCAUCCGCGGAGGCAGCAGAGCGCGGGCCACACCCCGGCCACGCGGAACUCCGGGGCUCCAGGCCCAGGGCCGCCCGCUCCGCCGCCUGGGGUCCCACGGAGAAUGAGCAGCACGCGGCGGCCGGCCAGACGCAGCGCGCACCUUACCCCGAGCGGAAGUCCCCGCGGGACUCGGGGCCAAUCACGGCCCCGGCGACCUCUUCCGGCGGCGCGCGCCCCUGGAGGCGGGACUUCCGGCGUGGCCGCGGCGGCGCUCUUUUAGCCCUUGGCAGGACGCAGCGUGCUGCCCUUGGGGCCGGGGCGCUGGGUCGGUGGUCCCGCAGGCGCGUCCUCAGGGCCCUGGGAAGGGACAGCGAGGAGUGCGGCACAGACCUCCGCACCUCCGUACGCGUCGCGAUCCUUGCCCUCUGUACCCGCCCCCGGAGGCGGCGCCCGGGUCGGCUCGGGCCACCCGGCCCGGUGCGGCGCGGGGUCGCUGGGCCCUCGGCGCCCGUCUGUCGGAUGGCGGCGGAGCCGGCAGACCCCGCGCGGGGCCAGGUGACCUUUGAGGACGUGGCUGUGUACUUCUCCCGGGAGGAUUGGGGGCUCCUUGAUGAGACUCAGAGGCACCUGUACCAUGAUAUGAUGCUGGAGAACUUUGCACUUGUGGCCUCACUUGGACUUAUAUCUUCAAGUCCUGUGUGGUUGCCCACCUGAAGCAGUGUAAAGAGCCCUGGGUACCCAACAGGGUAGAUGUUUCUCCAGCCACAAGAGAGAUCUAAAGAGAACCCAGCCCUGGUGAGUGGGAGCUGGGGUAAGGGUGACACUGGAGGUAGCAUUGUGUUGGGCACCUACCCUGUACCUUCUACUGUUAAGUUGUUAGAGCCAGUAGCCACAAUUUACUUCUAUCUUUCCUUCCUCAUUCUGUCCUCUCCAACUUCUUGCUAUUUCUACCCUGACUUUUGGCCCCUGGAUAAGGGAUGACCCCACUGCUUUGACUUCCAUCCUUUCCCCAUUUCUCUCCUCUGCUCCCUUUUCAGAUUGGCUCUGAAUUACCCUACACUCAGUACACACAUCCUCGUAUAGACUGACCACAAGAUGUCUAGGUGCAGCUAGGUUUCCCUGGGUUUAUGCCCACCAUUUUGUGUCCCCUUUUCCUACUGGAUAUCUGGGACCUGCCUGUGUUGGGCCUGCUGGGAGCUGAGGUAUGAGUUGGAGUCCUUGCCUCUUCUCCCAGCCUCACCCCACCCCUGUGCUGUGGCACUUGAUGAGGCAUCUCCUGUGCCUUCUCGGGCCCAGCCCUGCACUCCUGGCUUUCAUCCUGACUUAAUUCCUGUCUUUGUUAGACAUGGACAUAUAAAGAGUCUGCCCACCCAAAAAAGCCCACAUGUACUUCGCCAGCAUUUCUCUACUUUCAGGUUGCUGGCAUGGAGAGGAAGAAGCCUCUCUGGAGCACAGCGUUUCUGUAGGGGUGUUCUGGUUUGGAACCCCUAAGUCAAGUCCUUCUCCCCAGAAGGCCAAUGCCUGUGACAUGUGUGGCCUGGUCUUGAAAGACAUUUUACAUCUUGCUGAAUAUGAGGGAACACACCCUGGGCAGAAACCUACAUGUGUAAGGCACGUGGGAGAGGCUUCUGGGUAGGCGUAAACCUUCACAAGCCUCAGAAGGACAACAGUGCUGAGAAACCCUUCACAUACCCAGAGGGUAGGAAUGACAUCCUGGAAGGCCUUACUCUCCACCAGGCCACCCCUGUCAAGGGGAAGCUGUGUAAGAGCACCAAGCAUGGUGCAGCCUUUCCACUGAGCUCCAGCUGUGAGCAGCAUCAGGAGGCCCAUGCCGCUCAGAAACCCUUCAAGUGCAGUGAUUGUGGGAAAAGUUUCUUGAAGACCUUUGCUGUCCUUGAUCACCUAAUAAUUCAUUCUGAAGAGAGACCAACAGAUCUCAAGAGGAACUCAAUCCAUGUUAAUUACCAAAAGUUUCAUACUGGAAAAACAUCUCGUGUGCAAGGAAUGUGGGAAGGCCUUUACCCUCACACACUCGCUUGUUCAGCACCAAAGAGUUUACAAUGGAGAUAGACCUUAUAAGUGUGGCCAGUGUGGGAAAGCCUUCACUCGGAGCUUCCACGUUCAUCACCAGAAAGUUCACAACACAGAAAGGCCUUAUGAAUGUAGACAGUGUCGGCGAGUCUUUAGUUGUGUCUCCAACUUUGUUGAGCACCAGAAAAUACAUACUGGAAAAAGGCCUUAUGAGUACAAUGAAUGUAAGAAAAGCCUUCAUUAAUAGCUCCCAUCUUGUUUGUCAUCAGAAAGUUCAUGACACAGAAAGGCCUUUUGAGUGCAAUGAGUGUGGAAAAGCCUUCUGGCAGAUUUCCAAACUUGUUCUGCAUCAAAGGAGUCACACUGGAGAAAGACCUUAUAAGUGUAGCCAGUGUGGAAAAGCUUUCAGUUGCCUCUCCAAUCUUGUUCCACACCAGUGAAUUCACACUGGAGAAAAGCCUUACGAAUGUUCAGAGUGUGGAAAAGCCCUCAGCCAGAGCUCUGCCCUUAUUCAGCACCAGAAAGUUCACACUAGAGAAAGACCUUAUGAGUGCAGUGAGUGUGGGAAAGCCUUCAGCUAUAACUCUAACCUUGUAAGCACCUGAAAGUUCACAUUGGAAAGAGGCCUUACGAGUGCAGCCAGUGUGGAAAAGCCUUCAGUGAAAACUCAGUCCUCAGUCAGCACCAAAGAGUUCACACUGGGGAAAAGCCUUAUUAGUGCAACAAAUGUGGAAAAGUUUUCUGCCAUAACUCUGACCUUUCUAAGCACCAGAAAGGUCAUGCUGGAAAAAAGCCUUCAAAGUGCAGUGUACAUGGGAAUACCUUUAACCAAAACUGCAGUUUCUUUCAGCCAUCAGAAAGGUCACACUAGAAAAAGGCCUUAGGAGUCUCGUCAGUGUGGGAGAGCACUUAGCUGGGGCUUUCUUUUUCGAUAUAAAUGGUCUCACAAAAAAUUUCUGUGACGCUGGGUGUGGUGGUACUCACCUGUGAUCCCAGCUACUUAGAAGACUGAAGUAGAAGAAUCACAAGUCUGAAGCUGGUCUGGACAACUUAAUGAGAUCUUAUCUCAAAAUUAAGCAAACAAUAACAAUGACAACAGCAAAACUUCUUAGAAGAAUCUCUAUGAGGAAGCCAUCAAUCGAAAACGGAAACAUAUAUCCCAAUGCCUCUUACCAAGAAAUUACUUAUGAAUGUCCACUAUUGGGAAACUUGAAGGAGCUGUGAUACUUAAUACUUUGUAACCUGCCCAGGUCCUUCAUCACGUUAUGUCACAGAUGCCAUCUCACUUCUACUGUGGCAGGCCUCCACAGCAUGUGCCUGCCACACUCAGGGGAGGCACACUUCUCUGCUCCCAUCCCUGAAGAGCAUGAUGGGAGCUCUUUGGGGUCACUACAGUUCCCACUUCUCCCCUGUCUCCAGUGGUUUAGGCAUCACCCUGACUUAAUUCUCUCUAAGAGGAUCUGAGCUGGGCUCUAAUUAGGAUCAGAGAAAAUUCCUUUGCUGGUUCAUGUCAAAAAUCAAUUUUUUCAGCCUCCAAAUCAUCCAUCCCUGCAACUGCCUGCCUGCACAGUGUGGUGAUAAAGUCUUAUUGUUGAAACCAUUUUUUAAUCUGUGGGGGGGCUGCACACUCUUUGGGUAGAGACUGAGCAGAUAAUUGGGCUCCAGCAGUGCAAAGGGGAAGGUUUUUGUUAGGGGUGUGUGGCUUCAUUUACCUUAGAGAGGUAAACCUCAGCUCUCAGUGCAAUCUAACUCCUUGAGGCCUUCUGGGACAGACUAAUGGUCUCUGUAGUCCAGUUCUGUGUCUUACCGACUGGAUUUCUUGUGGGGCCCAGAGCUUUGGAAAUUUGGUGUGUAGUGUGCCAAUCUUAAGUACAUCUGGGGCACCAGGAGUCAGUCCUCUUGCUUCCGGGGAUGUCCCCAGCAUUGUGGAGGGCCCUGGGUCUCCUGGGACCUACCCAUGAAUAAAGUCAGCAGGUGCACUGGUUGUAAGACUUGCAAUGGCCAGGUGUUUUUUUGCAUGCAGAAACACUGGCUCUGAGGUGAGGGAGUGAAGGAGACUGGUAAGCACAAGAGACAGACUGUGGUGUUCCCGAGCCAGAUCAUAGCUGCUCAGAGUUAGUUAUGUUCAACUUCACAGUCAGUGACAUCACGUGGGUAGGUCGAAAUUGACCACAGUGGAGGAAUUUAUACCACAAAAAUUAGCAAGCAGCAGUUCUUUGAAAAAAAUAAAAGACCUGAUUUUCAGUGUUUAUCAAGUGUGUUAUGACAAUGACAAUGAGAGAUGACUCAGCAGAUUUUAAGAAGUCCUACACACAUUUAUCUUGCACCACUAUGGUCUUUAGAGCAAAUACAGAUGCCUCUUUAGUGUGAGUGUGACCAGCAGCAGGCUGGUCAUUGGUAGAGCUAAGGAUCUAAAGUUUUGUAGAUUUCAGUAGUGUCUCAAGAGUUAUUCAUUUCAAAGCCAUCCCUCCUUGGGAAGAAAGCCCAGGACUCAGAGAAGGGAGGGCCUAAAUCCAAGGGUGUGACUUGUGUCCCAGCCAGUAUUCCUAGUUAGUGUUGAAUAGCAAUGGCCUUCAUCUGGGUUUUGCUGUCACUGAGGUAGGACCUCCUUUGGAGUAGUGGGUUUGUCGCACAAGUUCCUAUCCUACUCAUAAUAAAAUACGAG